CUCUUUGUCACAUACUCUCGCGCGAUAGGACGUUGCUCUAAGCUCUGGGUUGUAUUUUGGAAAGGGUUAGCUGCUGUCACUCCAAUCCUUUGAAUACUGUCCCACAGCGAACGACUGAAAGGUGUAAAUCGACGGGAUCACACCGACUGAUGUGUGUUUUGUGUUUUUAAAGUAUUUGAACCGAGACUACCUCGACUUGUUGCUGCUUAAUGGGGACUUAUUAGCCUGGAGCUAAUGUUAGCUACCAAACAUCAACAGGAAGUAACGGACGGACAGUAUUUGGAGGUCUUUCACUUUAAGUUCAGCAGGUACAGAACAGGUUGUUUUUCUCUUAAUAUUUUUUAAUCUGGGUGAUCUAACUGUGCGUAUGUGUUAAUACUUGAACUACUAUUAGAAUUAAUACUUUAGAUCGUAAACUUUGCAGCUAUAGAGUGGACUGUUGGAGGAAAGGUUCAAGAAACGAUGUCCUGAUCAAAGAUCACUACACCGGGGCUUCUCAGAUCUGGUCUUGAAUAUCAAAGAAAGGCUACAGACUUUUCAGAACACCAUCUAAUCAUUCUGUUUCUAAGUUUAAACAGGCUUUGACCAGGUUCUGAUCCAGAACUACAACACAUAGAUCUGACAAAUGUGGUCUGAAUUCUUCUAGAGAAGCUACAGACUCUUUGAAACACAGCUUUAGAAAUUUAAACUUUUAUUCAAUGUCUUAGAAUGCAAGAAAAGGUGAUUUUAUGCUCCUUUUUUAGCCCAAAAGUGACAUUUUGGGUGUUCUUUACUUUUGUUUGCCUCUCAGUGAACCAGUCAGUUUAAAGGCUAGCUGUAUGAAAUUUUGGCAUUAUUAUUAUUUUUUUUUUUCUUCGCAAUUCCAAAAGCCUAACUGAUCUGUCAUGGUGAAGAAAGAACUGAGCAAGACUCUCGAUUCACCGGUUGAACUACGUGCCGAUCCUCACCUAUGGCCAUGAACUUUGGGUAAUGACUGAAAGAACAAGAUCGUGGAUACAAGCGGCCGAAAUGGGUUUCCUUUGCAGGGUGGCCGGGCUCAGCCUUAGAGAUAAGGUAGGGAGUUCGGACACUCAGGAGGUGCUCAGAGUAGAACCGAGUAGAUACCUUCUAGACGCCUCCCGUUAGAGGUGUUCGGGACAUGUCCCACUGUGAGGAGACUUAGUGGCCGGCCCAGGACCAGGUAGAGGGAAUAUAUCUCUCGCCUGGCCUGGGAGCGCCUGGGAAUCCCCAGCUGGUGGAAGUGGCUGGGGAGAGUGCUGUCUGGGCUUCCCUCCUGAAGCUGCUGCCCCCACGAUCCGGAUAAGCGGAAGAAAACAAUGACGAAUUCCAAAAGCCUCGGAAGUGUUUAGAAUAGGAGAUUGGCAUCACACCAACACUUGUUAACCUUGUGACCAAAUUUGCCCCAUUGACUCCCAUUAUAACAACAUAUUUGUCAUAUGCUAUAAUCCUAACAUAUUAUAAGCCUUUUUCUAUUUAUACCUAAUAUAUCUAAGCUUUUACCUUCAAAAUUUAGGGAAAAUAUGUUUUAGGUGUAAUGACUCCCUUUAACAACCAGAGGCCAUUACAUAAAGUUUUGGGGAAAUUUCAGUGAAGGUCUGGGUUUCUUAACUUGCAAAAUGCAUAGAAAUAACAAAGCUAAACACGAUAACAUGGUCUUGGUAUAUUUGCACUGAUAUAAAAUAGUGGUGUGAAUAUGAAUGAGGAAAAAAAAACAUCAACAGAGUCCUUUUGACUUGGGAUUCUUUGAUUCUCAAAGAAGUUAAAAGAGAUAAGUCUGGACCUUAGCUGUCUGAGUGUUGUGGAUCUUGAUCAGGACUCGCUCAUAUCUGGUUUGGACAUAUUUUGAGUAUCUGCCUGUUUUAAAUAGCUCUAUGAUAACUCCUGUGUUUGUCUUAGUUUUGGUUAUUGCCUUGAAAAACUAUUCCAAACAAUUUUAUGAGUUAUGAUUUUAUUUUUACCCUAACCCUGAGUCUAUUAGGUUGGAUACUGUAACAAAAAUAUAAAUACAAACAGAAGGUGAUGUGCAUUAACCACAGCCUCCUUACCUUAUUGGAAACUGGGUUGUACUUAAUCCAAAGAUAAAUACAGGGGAGGCUCCAGCUUCUUUAUGUGGUGUUAGGGUUGAGGUCAAUUAGUGGCUUAAUAAGUAUUCUAGCAGGUGGCAACACACUUUAGAGUAAUCCACUUCAUGGACACAUCAUUUAACUAUAGGUAACCCUAUCCACUUCUUCCAGGCAUGAAUUGUUCUUUGGAGAAGGUCCUGGCAGAUGCCAAAUCAUUGGUGGAAAGGCUUCGUAACCAUGACAACGCUGCUGAAAUGCUGAUUGAACAGACAACAUCGCUAAACAAGCGAGUUGAGGCCAUGAAGCAGGUAUGGUGUUACAUGAAAACCCUCCUCCUCAUUGAAAACUAUCUAAACCAUAAAGAACAUUUGCAUUUACAUUCACAUGUACGUCAAUGUUUAUCAGUGACCCAGAACCUUUCUACUGUAUAAGACUUGAAACCUGUCAGAUGGUUCACAGCAGCUUUUGAUCUAUCUUACAGUACCAGGAAGAGAUUGACUCACUGAACCAGGUCGCACGACACCGACCUCGUUCUAGUCUGGUUCUGGGAAUCCAACAGGAAAACCGUCAGAUCAGAGAGCUCCAGCAGGAAAACAAAGGUAGUCAGAUAAUGUGGUUGUUUUCUGCAGGUUGUCUCAUUGUCUUGAGUUGAAUUAUCUAUGUAUCCAUCACAACUCAGGGUGUCAAAACCUUUUCUUCCAGUGCAUUUUGGUAACGGUAUCAUUAAGCAAAUACAUGGAUAUCCUCUUUGGUCAAGCAUACAUUGAAGUUGGGCUGAUUUUCAGCAUGAUUGCACAUUGUUUGUUGUGUAGUGUAAUGGGGAAGCAUGUUAGCCACUCAAGGCCCGAUCAGAUGCUCCUGUCCAGUUGGAUGAAUUUCUGGCAUGUCAGAAAUUUGGUUGGCUGCUAAGAGCCGCAGGGCUUGUUCCUGAUUGUGCCUGCGUAAAUUAGCAGGCAGGGUCUGAAAGUACCAACACGACACGCUGGUGACAUCUGACAUAUACCUGGAUAUUUAACAAUCACCCACAACUUUAGGACUUCUAAUGUAGUUCAAUACAACAGCUCGACCACAAGACUACAUUUUCAGCUUUUUCAUAUGACAGAAAGGUGACAAAAGUACUUUACAACUUUUCAACUGCUUUGAGGGGAGGAACUGUCAAAACUGCAUUUUCAUCAUCACCUCAACAUUCGUCUGAUCUGACUGCACAUGCCCAGCCUUUGGCAUUUUCUGUGGAGUGUUUUUCCCUGCACAAACAGAACCCAUGUUUGCUUUUCCUGCAGAGUUACGAACAUCGCUGGAGGAACACCAGUCUGCCUUAGAGCUCAUCAUGACCAAAUAUAGAGAGCAGGUGUUCAGGCUCCUCAUGGCCAGUAAGAGGGAUGACCCUGCUAUUGUGACUAAGCUAAAGGAGCAGCACACCACGGUCAGUGAGGCCCAUUUAUUGAAGUGCUUACAUGCCAAACUGUUUCACAACUAAUUUUACAAAUCUGUUGUUUUCUUGUGUGUUAACAUGUUUUUAGGAAAUGCAAGCACAUAUAGACAAAAUCAACGAGAUGGCCUCCGUUAUGAGGAAGGCGAUAGAAGUGGAUGAAGGGCGGACGUGUGAAGACGAGGAGAGGAUUAAACAACUAGAGGUGAAAGGAAAUAUCCUACUCUGUUCCACAUGCAAAACAAGGUUUUAAAAAUAGACUCACUGGACCGACGUCGAUGUUAUUGACGCUGUGACGUCAGAUGGUUGCUGUGCUCUGGCUGCAUCUUUCAAUAACAGGAGGGCAGAGUGAGUCAAAAGGAUGAUAACGAAGAAUUUACUCCCAAUGUGGAUCAAAAAGAGAACAUCUGCAGUGAUCGCUCUUAAAAGCUUUAUAUGAAAUAAACACUGAUCCCUUAACUUAUUUUUCACUGCGUACAUGUAAAACAUAACUAUGUUAAACCAGUGAGGUCAGCAGGUCUCAUUGUGCAGGGUUCAUUUAAUGAGUUUAUAGGCAAAACAAUUUAUAAAUGGGCGGACGUGUUAAAUUCUAGCUCCCGGCAUGAUCGAUAAAUGCUCAAUUCCAUUCAUGCACAUACAAAAGAGAGGUUUUCUUCUUGGGAGGCAUUUUCCAUAUAUUGUGUUGCGAUUUGUGCCGCGUAUGCUCCAAAAUAAUCCUCCUCCUGUUCUAAGCUCUUUUCUACGUCUUGCUUGUAAGCAGAUUUUAUGAUAUUUUCUUGUAAACUAUCUAUGAUCUCAAAAAAGAUUAAAUUAUCACAAGUUAACGCCUGCAAGUUGUAGAAAGUCAGUCUGAAGUUUGAGCUUAAGCGGUUUACAAGGCAACAGACAGCAAAACUUGUGAUUUUUGUACUCAGUUGUGAAACUUAUUUUUAAUGCAAAUACUGUCACAUCUAUAACUUGUGAUAAACAAAGACCCCGCUCAGAUGAUUGCUCACAAAGCUUGUGACCGCAGAUAUUUAGUAGAUUUGGUGUUAUUUCAUCUGAAUACUGAGCUUUAUGUUUCUCUUUCUGUGUUUUAGCUGGAGAAUAAUGGACUACGAGAGCUGCUAGGAAUCAGUCGAGAAGCUUUCCUGGUUCUGAAGAGAGACGACAUAUCGGAAAACACAUCCCUGUCCCCGCUGCUGACGAGCACAGACGUCAGCAUACGAAAGAGUUAGAGAGCCCAUGUCCUCCCCUCCCGAUGCUGCCACUACUGUGUACAGUGUGUACAGUCUGUUGCCACAUCCCACUUCAUCUUCAACCUCUCCCCCUCCUGCAGCAUUUGUGGCAUGAUGCUCCAGAGCUGUCUCUCUCCCCGUGUCUGCUGAUUCAGACACAGUUUUCAUGUCGGUACUUCUUUUGUGUUUGCUAGCAUGCAUGAGUUUGUGGUGCCUGCAAGAUUUUAAAGUGUGAAUGAGUGAAAGAAGGGCUUGUGUUAAAAUAAAUCUGUAAACAGGAACCUG